AUGACUUCACUCUACAUUGUGCUUUUAUUUCUACCUUUAAUAAAAAUCUGUUCUGGUGAUUUUACUAAGAUCGCAUUGAAAACAGAUCAACAUAUUAAUGCCAACGAGGCCACUCGUGUUCGAUUUGAUCGUAAAAUUAUUGAUAGUGAUCACCAUUACCAUAUAGAAGACAGAACAAUUGAUAUCACCAAGGAUGCACAGUAUAGAAUUGAAGGACAUGCAACACUUUCUGGUAAUGGCGCACACCAAGCUGAAGUAAGGCUUGUAGAAAUAAAAGAUGGAGGCAAGAAUGUCUUAGAUGUAUGUCACACGUAUGACGAGGAUGUGAGCAGUGAUAGAUGCAAGUUGUUGGCGACAACCAAACUGAAACCUGGCGAGAAAAUAUACCUGGAAGUUAAAGCAGCAAGAGAUGCUAUCGUCAAUAAUAUUGAUACGUAUAUUUUUCUGGCGGGGAUGCACAAAGAUUAUUAA